AUAGAUGGCUCCGUCCGAUGCGAUCCAACGGGAAGCCCACGCCGCGCGCGGCCCCCGUCUCCGCUGCCUCAAGAGGCGGGCAAAUAACGGCCAUGGCACGCCCACCGCUCCACGCCCGCGGAACGGGAGGAGACACGGGAGAGCUCGUCGCCUAGCUCGGUUCCAUCAAAGAACGGCAACGGCCUCGCGAUCGCGCCUCCUCCCCCGCCGCUCCGCUCGCGAGCGCGUUCCCCCCGCCGAAGAUGGCGUACCGGAGGAAGCAGGGCAUCCAGCGGUCGGCCACCUUCGUGGAGGACCACCGCCAGGCGUCGUCGGGCGGCUCCGCGUCUCCGGCCAUCGCGUCACCGCGCGCCACGCGGUUCGCCGAUGACAGCCGCCGCCCCGAACGGUCGUCCCUGGCCGCGCAGGCCGUGGUGGCGUCGUCCACCGCUCUUGGCGGCCAGCUGCCAGACCCCGUCACCCAGCUGUACACAUCGACGACAAGCUUAAACGACGAUGGGCCAACGUACGACCUCGAGCUAUCCAGAAAAGACGACGCCAAGCAUGGAUUAUGGGGAGUUGUGGCACAGAAAGCCAAAGUAAUGCUCGACGAAAAUGGCACACCACGAGACAGCCAGCCUUCUCAAUCUCGCUGGUCCUACGACCGAGUCCGAAGCUCGGAGAGCCCUGCGUCGCAGAAAGUAUCAGAAGGGAGGCUGGACAUCGGAGGGAAGAUCAAGAAUGUGCUGGAAGAGGGCCUGGCGGUGGCCGAGAGCCCAACGGGAAGCGGCAGCGGCAACAUGGUCGUUGCCCGGAAGCUGCAGAUCAGGCGGAAGGCCUGCAGCAUGGACCUGCGGGGCACGAGCCUGAGCCUGGCCAGCCCCGACAUGUCGCCGAUGCUGUCUGACUCGGAGUCGCCUCAGAUCAAGGCUUCUCGCGACGUAGCGAACGCCAUGGCCGCCAAGGUGAAGCUGCUCCAGCGGGAGCUGAAGACGGUGAAGGCCGACCUGGCCUUCUCCAAGGAGCGGUGCGCGCAGCUGGAGGAGGAGAACCGGCUGCUCCGGGACGGCAACCACGACGCCGACGAGGACCUGAUACGGCAGCAGCUGGAGACACUGCUCGCGGAGAAGGCGCGGCUGGCGCACGAGAACACGGUGUACGCCCGCGAGAACCGGUUCCUGCGGGAGAUCGUCGAGUACCACCAGCUCAACAUGCAGGACGUCGUCAACCUCGACGACCACAUUGAGGAAGAAGACGAGGAAGACGCCGACGCCGACGAUGUCGCGGAACCAGAGGCUGAGCAGUACGCUGAUCUCCGCUUGUCCUCACCGUCCCGCCGUGUGCAGGAGGAAGCGGAGCACUUGCAAUGGCCGGCCGGCACGGACACCGCUCCGCAGUCGCCCUCUCGGCACACUGACGAGGCGCGGAUGCUGAACACGAACAGCGGUGCCACCAUUGACAGCGAGUCGCCACGGAUGCUGAGUACGAACAGUGGCGGCACCAUUGACAACGUGUCGCCCGAGCUUCAAGGAUGA